GUGACAGAACCCUUUCAACCUCACUCACUCAAACUCACUCUAAAACUCCGCCCUCUCUCACUCUUAAACUCACUCUCAAGCUGUUCGUAGCCUGCCGUUCGUAGCCUGCCGUUCGUCUGCCAUUCGUAGCCCGCCGUUCGUGCUCUCUCUUUUCAGAAAGGUUGUGAGGCUGUUUAUUGCGCCGGUUUUGAUUGUGAUUUCACAGAAGCAAUAGGGGGCUCUGAGAGAAGCUUACAACAAGAAGAAGUACCUGCCACUCGAUCUGCAUCCCAAGAAGACAAGGGCCAUUCGGAGAAAGCUUACCAAGCGCCAGUAUGGAGCCUCAGAUCGAUGAGGAGCUAGAGAUCUUGCACCCCGGUCCGCUUUAGCGUUCAGUGUUGACGCGACAACCAUAUCAUCGAUCAGAGGCCAUUUGGAAUGGCGAGGACCCGGGCCCACUUGUGUGCCGUGGUCGCACUAAGGAGAUGGCAAACGUUCAGAUGGAAGAUAAUCGGGUGAUUGACAUUAUCAAAUUGCUAAGGUUGGAAGGAUUGUUUAGAGCCCCUUCCAAAGAGAUCGAUCAUUGCCUAAUAUCGGCCCUAGUUGAGCGAUGGCGGCCGGAGACUCAUACGUUUCAUCUUCCACAUGAUGAGAUGUCAAUCAUCCUACAAGAUGUGGAGGUGAUUUUCGGACUUCCUAUAGACGGUGAGGUCUUGGUUGGGCCGACUGCUGUGGAGGAUGGGACUUGGAGGCAAGUGUGCGGGGAGUUGCUUGGAUUUACUCCACCGAAUGACAAUAAAACUUUGGUGGGCUAAAGAAUUCUCAUCAGCCGACUUGUUGAGGCCAUUGCAACACCACUGCCUCAGGACGCAACAGAGAUUCAGAUACACCAGUAUGCCCGGCGCUAUAUUUUAGCGUUAGUAGGGGAUAAACUUUUCAUGGACAAGUUAGGAGAUAGGGUGCAUCUGAUGUUCUUGGAGUUCAUGUGCAACCUUCGUGAUCCGCGGCAGUAUAGUUGGGGUAGUGGUUGCUUGGCCUGGUUGUACAGGGACUUGUGUCGGGCAAGUGAGAAAGGCACAUCGCAGAUUGGUGGGGCGUGCACCUUGGUCUAGUAUUGGGCAUGGGCAAGGUUGCCAUUCUUGUGCCCGAGGAUAGAGCCCCCACCUGGAUGUGAUUAUGGCCCAUGGCCAUAUGCUCCACUUGCAUUUAAGUGGGUGUGGGUGCUAAGCUCGAAGAGUAGGCCAUCCGGCACAGCCUUGGUCUGCUAUCGCGAGCAAUUAGUGACAAUGCAGCCAAACCAGAUUGUGUGGCAGCCAUACGAGGUAGACUUCGGCCACCUUCCUGAGUUCUGCGUUGCAGGGAGGGAUACGUGGACAGCCAGGGUGUCGCUUGUGUGUUUUUGCAUAGUAGAGAGACACUACCCGGACCGUGUCUUUCGACAGUUUGGGUUGGCGCAGCAGCAGCCUGACGAUGCUGUCUACGAUGAUAGACUGCAUAAAAUUGACUUACGUGGGAAGGUGGAAAAGAAUUGGAGGGAGGAGCAUGGACCGUAUAUCAUUUUAUGGGAAAUGAGACGACAACAACUUUGUCAUGCACCUCCUCAGAUUGGUGAGAUGCCCCGCGAUCAUGCCUAUUACGUCUGGUACCGUUCGGUCACUCGAAAGUAUGUCGACCGCAAUAGCGCUAAAUUAGAUAUAAUGAUUCAAAGCCAUUUAGCGCUGUUGGAGAUGCUUCUUGAAGGCAGCGAAGCUCACAACCAUGUUCGGCAUGUCCUAAAUAAUGUGGCUGGCCUUGGUCGUGAUCCUGCAGUAAAUGAGGAGGCAGACAAUGGGCAUGAGACUUAACCAACAGCUACUGAAAUCCCAAGCACAAGCGCAACACCCGUAAGUACACGGACCCGUGCUCAGUGUGCUAUUGCAAGCCCAAGCACAAGCGCAGCUAGGGGCCAUGGUCGGCCUGCUACAGCAAGCCCAAGCCCAAGCACAAGUGCAAUCAGGGGCCGUGGUAUGCCUGCUACAGCAAGCCCAAGCACAAGUGCAGCCAGGGGCCGUGGUCGGCGUGCAACAACCCCUCGGGUUGUAACUAGUCUUGAGAUGCUUGCACCCAUCCCGCACUCAUCUCCUCAGCUUGAGGUCCUUCCACACAUCCCAGAUGCAUCUCCUCAGCCCAAGGUCCGUUCACCCAGCCCACCUUCGCAGCCCGAUUUUGAUCUCAGUAUUGAUGACAAUGUGACCCUUCCUAUACUCCCUAAGACACCCUCUUACCCACCUACCAGCUCUACUGCACCCACUCCUGGCCUCUACUUAGAGCAUCAUUACCCACCUACUGCAUCCUCAUCUGACCCUCUGGGACCUCCGGUUGGGAUUGACACUGUAUAGCCACAUACUGAUGUACCAAACGAGCAUCCCCCUCAUCAGCCCUCACCUCCACGAGGUAGAUCACAGCGCACUAGAAGAGCACCCACUUGUGGGACAAGUGGACACAAAAUAGGACAUCGAGGUAGCUCUAUGCAUGAUGAUGAGCCUAAGGAUGAUGCCCCGCAGCCUCCUCCCCCGCCCAAACAUUACACAAGGGUUAAAAAACGCAAAAUUGGCGAACCUUGAAAUUGUUUAUUAUCAAUUUAUCACUAGAGAGUAGAGAGCUUGGGUUGUGUUGUGUUGGAGCAGAAUUUGAAAGGGUGGGUGAGCUAAAUGAUGCAGAGGUUUAAGGCAGCCUUGUUGCAGAGGCGCAACAAUCUUCACAUUCACAGUCUUCGUUUCCUCAACCAAUACCACACAAGGAAUCUUUGUUCUCUUCCGGACACUGCUAUUACCGAUGAACUUGACAACCAAGUAUUGGUUGAGGGCAAAGCUUGGUCUAGAACAGCAAUUCUGAACAGGCCUUCUGUGCUCAAUUGUCUUAGUACUGCAAUGGGGGCUAGAUUGCAAAAGUUGUAUACAUCUUGGGAAAAUAAUCCAGAUAUUGGUUUUGUGGCAAUGAAGGGUUUAUGAUGCUUGUUUGCACAUGGGCAUUAUAGUUUCUGGUAGAAGCCAAGCUAUCUGGGGAGUUUCAGGUUGUGCUUUAUGUGAUAAACGCCAAAUCUUCUACUCACAAGAUGCGUAGCUCACCGGUUGUGCAUUCUGUCUUAACCCAAAGUGAUUCUGGAAACUAAGCCAUCACACUCUGGCAGGAAUUCUUGCGACUCAGAAAUACAGUUGGAUACAGUGGAUGAACUUCAGAGUGAUAAAUCAUCCUUUAAGGAGUGCAAUCUUGGAGAUGAGACUGGAAAUUUUGGAUUGUGCACUGAAAGCAAUACUUAUUCUUCCAGGUUCCAGCUUGAACAGGAUAUUGCAACAGCAGUUGCAAGAAGAGAUGGAAUUGCAUGCUGUUCUGGAAAAGGCUAUUGAGAAAAAUGCUAUGAAAUUGUCAAGUCAAUCACAUCUCCCUCACCAGGCUCAAGAGCUCCUGUCUAAUAUUGCAUUAUUGGAGGUCACAGUUUCAAAACUCGAACAAGACAUGGUGUCUUUGCAUUUCCAACUUAGCCAAGAAAGAAAUGAACGGAGGCUUGCAGAAUAUCGAUUGAGGCAUUCAUCUUUUCCAUCAAUACCCCGUUGCUCCUCUGAUAUUCUUAAUAAAUUGAUUUCACCAUCUUUGAGGUGUUCAAAGCAUUCCAUUUCUAUAGUGGGUGAUGCCCGCGAAGAUAACUCCAGCCAGGAGCUGCAAGAUCAACCAUUGGAAUCUACUGACAAAUAUGAAGAGUCAAUGAUAGAGAAUGGAGUAGAUGCUGUUGUACUUUACCACAACAAGAAAAUGUCUAUGAAAAUAGAUUCCAAAUCUGUUCAAGCUGUAGAGUUCAGGAAGCUUCCUAAAGGGAUGCCAACAAAGGGCCUUUGGGAUCAUCCUAAUCAAUUAUCGGAAGAGAUGAUGAAAUGUAUGAAAAAUAUAUUCAUUUCUUUGGCGGAUUCUGCUAUACCAUCCAAAUCAUCUGUGUCAGAGAGCCACUGCUCACCUCUAUCACCACGUGGGCAUCUUUCCAAUUUAUCUUGGUGGUCAUCAUCUGAGAGGUCAAUGAUUUCAUCAUGGGUGCAGAGCCCGCAAGUUGAUGUAAAGAGUAACUCUGAAGUGUUGGCUUCAGAGAAUGCAUGUGAUCCCUAUAGGGUGCGUGGAAAACUAAGUUGGGCAGACGUUGGAAACUAUGGAUUAGCAACUGAAGUUUCUUGGAUGUCAGUUGGGAAGAAGCAGUUAGAAUAUGCUGCAGGGGCACUGAGAAGGUUCAGAACGCUUGUUGAGCAACUGGCCAAAGUGAACACCAUCCAUUUGAGCUGCGAUGAGAAGCUUGCUUUCUGGAUCAACUUAUAUAAUGCUCUGAUCAUGCAUGCUUAUUUGGCAUAUGGAGUCCCAAGGAGUGAUUUGAAGCUCUUCUCUUUGAUGCAAAAGGAUAUGGAAAUCAAGGUGUUGUCCAUUAUUAAAUACAAAUACACCGCUUUUAAUCUUGGUCAUGAGGAGAACACGCCAGCAGGUUCAGUACACAGGGAAGGUUGGAGAUGCCAGAUAUCCAGGGACUCAUAUGUCAAAGGUACUCUGGAUUUGGAAGUAGCAUUAUUUAGGUUCGGUUAGCUUCUCUGUCGUGGGUUUUGAAAGAGCAGGAGCUUUUGGUUAAAGACUUUGGCUUCGUUGAUAAUUAAUGUGUGUAAAGGCGAAAUGUUUCAGAAGUGUUCCAAGCUACGGGAAAUUUGUAUUUGUCACAUGAGUAGUGUCAUGGUUAUGCUGUCAGCAGCAAUGCAAGUGGUGAAACUCUAGUUGUUGCACCAUUCUGUUAAUGAAUGCAUUGGUGUAUGGAACUAAGCUUUCAAAUACACUUCAUAUUUACCCUGGAAAAUUACUAACCCAGUUAUGUGAUGAUCACUAAUUCUUUAA